GAACCCUUGAGGUUGCUUCCCGCCUCUCCCGUCCCUCUCUCGAUUCAACCCAUGCCGUCGUCAUGCCAGCGAUUGCAACCAAUGGCUUAAUCUACGGUUUCUACUCAGGUGCGCGUUCGGCGUUUCUCCAGUUUAUCUAGGCAUAUACUGUUUCUAAGCUCAAGUGGGGAAACGUACACGCCACGCUAUUUUCUGAAAUCAAGCAAACCCGUCCGGUCACUGCGAUCUUCAGACCAGAGAUAUCAAAUAUGGAAGAAAAUUUCAGCAGGUGUAUAUCGUGUUGGAUCUUAUGACCUCUUAUGUGUAUAAACGGUAUGAUGGGUAAAGCAAGGAAGGUGUUCGACGAAAUGCCCCAGAGAACUCACAAGGCCACAACUUCUUACAAUGUCAUGGUUACGCCUUGGAUUCUGAACAGAGGUUUUUAAGUGCCACGAUUCGUUUGAACUACGGUUGCAAAUUGGUUGCAUCUUGUUUCUCCCAACGCUCUUAUUAUCUCGCUAUUUGAUGGGUAUUGCAAAGGGGAUGUAUAUUUGAUGCUGCCCUCCGAAAAUAAUGUGAUUUUCUGAACUGCAAUGGUUGAUGGUUGUUUUAAUCAUGGGUUUGGUUUGUUUCUGAAAGUGAGACGAGGGGAGAUGUCGGUUGUAAGUUAUAGUUUCAAGCCUGUGGGAAGAUUAAUGGGUUAGUUUCAUCCAUGCCUCCAGAGUGUGAGUAUGACGAAAUAUCUGAAGCUUCUCAACUUUUUCAGAAGAGAUGACCAAGAAAGACAUGGUUGCCGUGGCAGAUAUUACCUAGGAUUAAAAGCAAAAAAAAAAAGACAUAUAAAUGCGUGAAGUUAGUUGUUCAUAGUGCUGCAUAAAAUGGGUGAUACCACCUAAGACUUUUUUAGUACCCGCAUGUUGUGAGCAAUAGAGAGCAUGAGGAUGUUUUUGCUGGUUGAAUACUAAAAUGGAUGCUCAAGGAAAAACAAAUCAUCCGAAGCUCUGUGCUUUCAGUAAUGUGUUCCGCAUAACAUCUGUUUUGACUGCAUUGAUCUAAAGACUGCAGAAUUGCAAAGAUGAGCAUUGCGUUUGACUUGUUAGUUCAAAACUCACUUGAUCCUGAUAUAAACAGAUCAAGAGAUUUGCUUUGCUCUCGUCACUCGUGGAUUCAAUGCCCCAAACGUGUUCUCCUACAGCAGAUCAAACAUGAACUAUUACAAUUUCAAAUAACAAAGUAUAUACGUUGACCUUCAUUGCUUCCAAGCAUUGAUAGGAACCUAUUAAGAGCUCCACAUAACUCUUUUAACUGGGCAUACCCAAUUAUAAAAUUAUAUCGGAGAAGGUGGAUCGGCCAUGGCUACUACUGUUCAUCUCAGCUCAUCCUCUCUCUUCAUCCAAUCCAGAGGACGAAGAAACAACUCCAUAUCUUCAUUCAAUAAUCUCCAGAAACACACCGUUUUAUCUCUCUCUUGUGCAGUCACCUCACAAGGCGGAGACAUGAUUCCAGCAGAGGGAAAAAGAAAUGAUUGCAACUCGGUCUUUGACUUCAAUUCGUAUAUGAUACGUAAAGCCGAAUCUGUAAGUGCGGCUCUCGAAAUUGCAGUACCGCUCCAAGAACCCUUCACGAUCCAGGAAGCAGUGCGGUACUCAUUGCUAGCUGGCGGAAAACGUGUGAGGCCUCUGCUCUGCAUUGCCGCCUGUGAGCUUGUGGGAGGCGACGAGGCUACUGCCAUGCCAGCUGCAUGCGCGGUCGAGAUGAUCCACACCAGCUCUCUUAUUCAUGACGAUCUCCCGUGCAUGGACAAUGCCGACCUCCGUAGAGGCAAGCCCACCAGCCACAAGGUAUUUGGAGAAAACAUGGCGGUUUUGGCAGGUGAUGCACUCCUUGCUAUGGCGUUUGAACACAUGACGGUUAGGUCGAGUGGGUUGGUCGUUCCUGAGAGGAUGAUCCAUGCGGUAAUUGAGCUGGCAAAGGCCAUAGGGACAACAGGUCUAGUUGCUGGACAAAUGAUAGAUCUAACCAGCGAAAGAAUUGAUCCAGACAGCGUCGGAUUGGAGCAUCUAGAAUUCAUCCAUCUCCACAAAACGGCGGCAUUAUUGGAGGCAGCGGCGGUUUUAGGGGUUAUAAUGGGAGGUGGAACGAAGGAAGAAAUCGAGAAGCUUAGAAAGUAUGCGAGGUGUAUUGGGCUACUGUUUCAGGUGGUCGAUGAUAUUCUUGACGUAACGAAAUCAACUGAGGAAUUGGGUAAGACUGCCGGAAAAGAUGUAAUGGCCGGAAAGCUGACGUAUCCAAGGCUGAUAGGUCUGGAGAGAUCAAGGGAAUUUGCAGAGAAACUUAGCAUGGAAGCGGAGGAACAGCUUUUAGGGUUUGAUCGGGAAAAGGCGGCGCCUCUGGUGGCUCUUGCUAGCUACAUUGCAUGCAGACACAACUGAAUUUUUCAUGGACUGAUCAUAUCCUCAAUGCACCUAAUCUCAUAACAAGUCAUUUUAGUUCGAUCUAUGGCCUUGUUUUUUCUUUGGUGGCAUUAUCGAUGAUCUUGUUCCUUGUGAAUCAUUUAUGGUCUUGUUCUCAGUGUUUUUAGUUGAACUGUGUUUUUCAACGUUAAUGUCAUGUUUCAGCAAAUAUCAA